UUUCCAGUCUUCAAUUUGAGCCAACCAAAGAUAUGAAUUGAAUUAUCCUGAAGGAAACCAAGGGAUAAGGGGCCACCCUCUUUCCUCUCUUGUUCUAAAAGACACUGCUACACCUAGAUGCAACUACAUAUAAAAAGAUCAGGAAAGAGUCUUGUUACAACAAGAAAGAAAGUACAACUAUGGCUUACAGUUCAAUUUUCUCAACCAACUUCACUCGUUUUUCCUAUACAAGACCAGUUAACCAUCAGUUAUCUUAUCCCCCUUCCCUCCCGUCUACAUCUCUUCAAUACAGCAAUAACAGGAGAGAAUUUCCAGUUCCAUCUGUGGCUUCGAUUCCUUACCAACCAAUCAAUGUGGACUAUCUGGAGGGAGAAUUCAGAGGCCAUGGGGUCACCUUUGAAAGUAUUGAUGAUAGUUGUGUUGCCAAGAUGGCAUUGGAUAAUGGCAGCACAGCUACUCUAAUGCUUCCAAGUGGUUUGAUCACAUCUUACAAGGCCCCAAUGUGGCAUGGGGGCGCAGUUGAGCUCCUACACACAUCGGUUUUCGAAGGAGAUGAAGGUGAGGCUGUAAUACAAGGAGGAGUGUCUUUAGCCCUCAACUGUGAAGGUGAUAAUGAAGUUUCAUGGUCUCCAAGUAAUUGGACACUUCGUGAUAUUAGAGGCAAUUCUAAGGACUCCAUUAAGGUUGAAAUGAUAAGCGGUGAUUCAGAAAACCUGGUUGAAACAAGACAUAUUGUGACACUCCAAGAAGAUGUCUUAAGCUCAGAGAUUUUAGUCUCAAACUCGAAACCAUCACCAUUACAAUGGACAGGAUCUAUUAUGAGCCAUCUAACAGUUAGCAGUCCGGAGGCAACAUAUGCACUCGGAUUAGAAGGAUCAAAUUUUCUCAACAUCCCACCCUUUUUGUCAAAUUUUGGUAUAAUUCCUCCAGAUUUCGACCAGCAAAUUGAUUCUUACAUUGGCCAACUAUGGAGUCAAAUGGGACUUAAAAGGUUUUUCAGUGGCUCGGCACAAAGAAACGAGAAGAAUGCUAGUAAAGUUAAAAGAAAGCAGAGAGAAAGUGAAGAAGAAAUGGAGGGUGAAGAGGAGGAUGGCUAUAAGCAACUAAAUAAGCAAAUGAGCAGGAUAUACACCAGUGCACCUAGAUUCUUUACAGUCAUUGACAGGGGUAGAAGAAACUCAAUUGUGGUAGGAAGAGAUGGAUUUGAUGAAGUGUAUAUGUUCAGCCCUGGUUCAAACCAUGAAAUCUAUGGUGAGUAUGCUUAUAUAUGCAUAGGUCAGUCAGCCAUGCUUAAACCUGUAAUCUUAGGCCCAGGAGAAGUGUGGCUGGGUUGCCAGCAUUUACACAACCCAAAUCUGUAAAUCAUCCUUAAACCUGCUUUUAUAUUCAUCAAGUAAACUUUCGUGCGUGUUCAGCAAAAUGUAAGCUUUCAUGCCUGCGAUCCAAAGGUCUUACUGUUGAGUAUUGACUACCAUUGACAGCAAUAAUAUCGCGUUCUCAUUGUUCAAA